AUGGAUGGUUUCCUGGUGGAAGCGGAUGCUCCUCUUGUUCGCUUGGAUUCCGCGAUCAGACUUCUUCCUAUUUUGGGAGGCCCUCAAUCCUCUGUUCCAUCUGUUGCUCCAUCCUUGGCGCGCAAUUCCCCUCCUCAUACUACCCAAGAUUAUGCGCCAUCCCCUCAACACGCGCAUCAGGCGGAAGUGGAAGUGCGCAGCCAUUCUAUGCCGCAUCAUAGUCGUCCAUAUGACCCAACAGCGCCUGUUGACCAGCGUCCCCUUGUGAGCCACACUGGCGCGCAUCCUCCGGGCGGAUUUGGCUUUCUUUCGGGUAAUCCUCCCUCGAAUCCCACCCACUUUUCGCAAUCCCCAUCUGGACUUUCAAAUUUUUCGCUAAAUCCUUUUUCGCAUGACCUUCAAGCCUCAUCCUCCUCGCCCCUUAAUCCCUUUUUGCUCUUGGAGCAACCUGUGAAGUUGCCUUCUUAUGAGAUCCCAACCUUUAGUGGCGAUAUCGAGGCAUUCUCCGAAUUUUGGGACAUCUUUUCUACAACCGGGCACCUUGACAACACCGUGCCUGCAGCAGUCAAGUUCAUGUACUUGAAGUCGGUCCUUAGAGGAGAUGCUGCACGUAUUAUCGCAGGCUUCAAACCAACGGCGAAGAAUUACGACACUGCAGUACGCACCAUUCUGAGUACGUACGAUCGUCCUGAGAUUCUGAGAAGUCGAUUGUGGGCAACUUGGUACCAGAUGAAGGAGUUGAACGACGAUUCCAGCUCGAUCGCUUCGUUGAGGACAAUUCGAUCUAAGUUUCCCUGGCGUACACGUGAGAAAGUUGGCGAACUUAAAGGCAAAAGUGACUCUAUGUGGACAGUGGACGAGCUGUUGUCAGCUCUCAGCACGGUCACUGAUAGACUGCAAGUGGUAGAGGAUUCCGAUCCAGCACAUCAUCGGGCUUAUAAUUUGGAUUCCACAGUUCGUCAGCAUUCUCCUUCCUCGUAUAGAUAUCCCGGCACGAGUCAUGAGGUAUCCACCGUAUCAGCAACAACCAGCUUACCCAAGCCGUACAUGAGGUAUCCACCGUAUCAGCAACAACCAGCUUACCCACGUUACGUGCGUAGCUCGCGCUCAACCCGCGGCGCACAUCACGUAGCCCUGUCAGGCCCCAGUAUACCACACUAUGGGAGCCUCAUUGUGCCUUCUGUUUCCGUCAUGAACAUCCUUCUGAGUGUUGCAUGA